CCUGCGCCUGUUCACUACGGCAACACACUGCUUGUCGAGCAGAGAGACUUUCGGCUCGCGUACCCGAUCGCGAAGCGUGGAGAAGAGCUCCGCGACAAAAUGGACGCAAAGAAGAAACCUCCACCCUACAAAUCCAUCUCGAAGAAUAGAUGGGUGUCGCGCAAGCGCAUACAUGGUGAAGUGCCGGUGUGCAUCUGCGAGCCGUCUAGCAAUUGCGGAGAGGAGUGCAUGAACAGGGUGCUGCAGUACAUUUGCAACCCGAAGCAGUGUCCAUGUGGCGAGAGGUGCACCAACAUCUCUUUGGCAAAGCGUGCCAAAGUGACGACUACAGUGACAUAUGUAAGUCAACGCGGAUUCGGUCUGCAGACCCAGCAGCGCAUUCAAAAAGAUCAAUUCAUCGACGAGUACCGCGGCGAGGUGAUCAACCUCGCAGAGUGCGCACGUCGCGUCACUGACUUCUACAAAGCCACUGGCAAUUUUUACUUUUUGGACUACGACAAUGCUGCGGGCGAAGUGCUUGACGGAGGUCUCAAGGGCAACAUCACCCGAUUUGCCAACCACUCUUGCGAUCCGAACUGCUACAUCGAGAAGUGGCUUGUUUGCGGAUCGGAUGAGGAGCGAGAUGCAGAAUUCCAAAUUGGCUUGUAUGCGCUGAGGGACAUCGAGCCAGGAGAGGAGCUGACCUAUGAUUAU